GUUCCUGUGGUGCUGACUGCCUGGCCAACAGGCUCCACUCCCCGUGUUGCACAGUAAAGAACCUUUCACGCCCAGACAAGACCACACGACACCGCCAUGAAGCCGGGUCACGAGCGCAAUCAGGAGUGCCUGCCUCCCAAGAAGAGGGAUCUCAACAACAGCACCAGUUGUAGGGGGGAGGAAGUGCCCUCCACUCAGAGCUCAGGGGUCGGUGGUGACACUCAGGGAGGUGGCACAGCAGAGGAGUGGCUGCAUGCUCAGCCUGGUCUACACUAUGGAGUAGAGAGUGCUGAGGGCCUCCAAGGGCUGCCUGUUGACCAGUACAGCAUGCUCUAUAGGGUGGCUCUCCCCUCUGUCUCCUACUCCCAGACCAGUCUACACCCAGUGUUAAGCCAUAUCUCUCCAGCUUACACUGUCCCCUCAUCUCUCCUACAGCAUCAUCCAGGUAUCUCCUAUCCCCCUCUAGGCUAUGCCCAGAUCCCCCACUCCUCUUUCCAGUUUGUCUCUCCAUACGGUGCAGUCCCUUAUGCAGUCCCCCCUGGCUUUGUUCCCAGCACCCUGAUCUCCCCCUCAGUUGCCCUCUCCCAGCCCCACCUGGUCCCCUACCAGUCAGUCAUACAGGAGGGGUUGGUCUCCCCUCCUACCCAGGCCCAUGUAUCUGCCCAUGCCUUUGCCAAAGUGGGGUCGUCCGGAGGGGUCCCGCUGAUGCUGACCUCGGAACAGGCUGCCCAGCACCAGCAGCACCUGGGCCCGCUGCCCGCCGCAGAGCUCAGUCCUCGGGGAGUGCCUGUCUUUUACCACCCUCAGGGCACCAGGGCUGCGCCUGCCCCCAGGGACCCCUACAGCAGGGAGCAGGAGACAGACAGGGAUAGGGAGGUGAAUGGGGGGGAGAGGGAGCAGGCAGCCAGGGAGAUGCUCCAGGACUCAGUCUACAAUGCCAGGAAUGCAAGGCUGCUGCAGGCAGCAUCUGCCUCUGCAGCACUGGAGCACGCACAGGACAGAAGCUUGAAGAGCCGCAGGCUGGACGAGAGGGCUUCGCCUGGGCAGCGCAGCACCCCAGACACUGACCUGGAGGUUCAGCAGGUUGUUGGUCGCCUAGCCUCUCCUGUCCAAGGUGUGAGUGGAGGGCGCAAAGAGGUGUCCUUUGGUCCCCUGAACCUAUCCCAGGGCUCCCAGAGAGGCAGAGAGGCUCAUGGGGAGGCAGGGGAGAGUGCUGGCCGGACAGCAUACGCGAUCCACCCUGCGGUGUAUGGAGACCCCAGGGUGACGGCCCAUCAACAGCAGGCAGGGCAGCCAGGCCACGCGGUCAUCUUGGCCAAUGGACAGACAGUCCUGGUCCCCUUAGACUAUCACCAACAUCAACAGCCACCCCAGCACUACCCCAGCCAGACCAAUGACGACACCUCUGCUGUCACCAUGGCCUCCCCCACCACCUACUCUAAAGCCUCUGAGUCUCCAGCCAGAGUGUGCCUCCCAGACAGGGCUGUGGUGGAACUGGCCGCCGUGGAGCAGCAGCCUAUUUCUGUCCCAUUCGCGGCAGCCCUCACGCAGGCCUUGGCCCCGGCGCCCACCCCUGCCCCCUCCAAUCCCUCCCAUUUCAUGAAGGGGGCCAUCAUCCAGCUGGCCACGGGGGAGCUGAAGCGCGUGGAGGACCUGCAGACUCAGGAUUUUGUGCGGAGUGCUGAGGUGAGCGGGGGGCUGAAGAUCGACUCCAGCAUGGUGGUGGACAUCAGGACCAGCCAGCAGAGACCCGGCCUGGUGGCGCUGCACUUCACAGUGGGCGAGCAGCAGAGCAAGGUGACCAUUGAUGUGCCCCCGGAACACCCCUUCUUUGUGUUUGGGCAGGGCUGGUCCUCCUGCAGCCCAGAGCGCACGGCCCAGCUCUAUGGCCUGGCCUGCCACCACCUGCAGGUAGGAGACGUGUGUGUGUCCAUCACUCUGCAGCAGCCGCCCCAGCGACAGAAACAGCCCCUGCAGCAACAGCAGCAGCAGCAGCAGACCCAAGCCAGGACUUCCACCAAAGUCAACUCCACAUCAGGGGCCAUCGGCCAGCCCAUGGGGCCCCCUGCCCCCCAGCAGCCCAGGCCACAGCCUCACUUCAGGAUGGAACGUGUCCACAGAGAGAGGGAGAGGGGGGAUAAAGAGGAGCCCAUGCAACUAGGGGGUGUUGGGCAGAGUGAGAUGCCCACCAGACCAAAUAGGACUUCAGCAGAGCACACUAGGAGCCAGAGCAGUUACUAUUUGCACACAGAGGGUUCUGCUCGUCCAGGGGCGGGGGUGGGAGUGGUGUCGACAGUGUCGAGCGCGUCUCAGAGGCGCUGGUCUGCCCCCGGCCUUCAGAGAUACAUGAAGGUAGAGGAAGGGGCGCACCCUCAGCUGUGCCCCUCCGGCUCCUCUCGACCCUCCUUCAUCCCACAGGAGGUCAAACUGUCCAUCGAGGGGCGCUCUAAUGCUGGGAAGUAGCACCAACCAUGGCAGUCCACACCACAGAAGAGACUGUCAGAGGAGUGAAAGCAUCAGA